AUGGCAACACAAAUUGUGUAUCUAGAUGACCCUAAAGCCGGAAGUGGUUGGAACGUUGUUCAAAAGAUGGAUCAUAGGAACGUGUAUGCUAUACCAGAACUAGACCCAACUGACAACGACGUCGACAACGUGGCUGACCAACGUUUAGAAUCUUCAAUGGAAAAUGAUGCGGAAACACUUCGAGAUACAAAUGUUAUACAAGAGCCAUUUCAAAUACAAGGAGUGUUUUUAAUCGAAAUACCGAUUCAGUCAAUUACAAUUGACAUCGGUGAUCUUCCGCGAUACGAUGUUGCAGUUGGCCCGAGCAACGACGAUGAUGUAGUAUAG